AUGUGCCAGCUAAGCAAUAUUGACAUACUUGAUUUGUCCAAGAACAAGUUGACUGGUGUUAUUCCGCCAUGUUUGAGCAAUUUGAGUGACACCCUUUCCGUCUUGAGUUUGCAUGGGAAUGAUUUAUAUGGAAGAUUUCCUCUAUGGAAAAAUGAUAUAUGUGCAUUUGAGAUGAUAGAUGUGAGUGAUAACCAACUACAAGGGUCACUACCUAAGGGAUUAGCUAAUUGUAGUCAACUGGAAUUUCUCAAUUUCGGAAAUAAUCAGAUCGUCGAUACCUUUCCUUCAUGGAUGGGAUUGCUUUUUGAUUUGAAGGUGCUCAUUUUGCGAGCCAAUAGAUUUCAUGGAGCCAUAGGGGAGCCUGAAGUUGGUGACCAGUUUCUCAAACUACGAAUUGUUGAUCUAUCCAUGAACAACUUCUCAAGUAGCCUUCCAUAUGAAUACUUCAAAAUUUGGAGUGCCAUGAAAGUCCACGAUUCAUAUGAUGGAUACUACUAUGGAUAUUCUGAGCCCACUUUGCACCCAUUCCACUUUGAUGGGGAGAAGCUUACGAGAGAUGAUCCUGAGGUAAAGUAUCACUACUCAAUGACAAUAAGCAACAAAGGCAUUGCAAUGGAGUACGCAAAAAUAUUGGGAUACCUGAAUGUAAUUGAUCUUUCGAGUAACAACUUUAUUGGGGAAAUCCCGAAUUCUGUUGGAAGUUUAACUGAACUUCGUCUACUCAAUAUCUCCAACAAUAAUCUUACUGGCCCCAUCCCUUUGUCCCUAGCGAAUUUGAUCCAACUAGAAUCUCUCGACCUGUCAAGCAAUAAGCUCUCGGGAGUGAUUCCUCCAACAUUAACCCACCUCAUUUUCCUUGCUUUCUUCAAUGUGUCGGACAACCAUCUUUCUGGGCCCAUACCUCAACUGAACCAGUUCACUACAUUCGAGAAUAACUCUUUUGGAGGGAACUUCGGACUGUGCGGAGGUCCUCUAACAAAGAAAUGCGGAAAUCCUAUUGAAACGCCCUUGGCACCGCCAUCUAGUGCAUUCGCUGAAGAGGACUCGGGGAUGUGGUUUGAAGAACUUGACUGGAAAGUUGUCUUGAUAGGUUUUGGAGGCGGGCUGGUCAUCGGCGUGGUUAUGGGGCUGACCACGACUUCCAUAAUUGAGCAAUGGUUCCUGAGGUUCUAUAGAGGAAGGCGAGGAAGACAAGGAAGAUGGAUGCAUCAAAUAAGGUUUGCGUGA